AUGGGCCGACAAUUCUACCAAAAUAUUCACUGGAACACCACGAUGUUUAAAUUGACAAUAGUCGGUCUAAUACUUUUCAACAUUCUAAACCUCACUACCACCAUAUUCUUGAUAAAUGACAUUAUAAAACAACCACGAUACAUUAUUUGGGUGGUGAAAAUGAUUGCUGGUGCAUUGACAACGAUGUUGGCGUUUGCGUACACUUUUAGCCCGGUAAUAAUUUUACAUUGGAACCCGAAGACUCCGAAAUUACAAAAAACAGGAAAUAUUAAUUCGUUGGAUGCCGCUUCAGCUACUUGCGAACGUACUCAACGGUAUUUACCAUUAACGACGGCAAUCGAUUCAAUUCUACGGAGUAUAAUCACAUUUAUUCUUGGCUCGCCGCCACCGAAACGAUUUAUCAAUGCUACAAGAGCCUUCGUUAUAAAUCGACGGCCGUUGAAUAAUGUAAUUCGUGAUCGUGGUAUCGUGAGCACUGGAAUGAUGGGAGGAUACCUUUAUACGGAUAACCCAUAA